AUGAACAUUACUCAAGAAGCUAAGAAUAACUCUGAACAACCUACAACAAAUCCUCCAAAAGGAUGGAAAAGUGUAACUGAUCAUCCUCAUGAGCAAAUAAUAGGAGACACCUCUAAUCAGGUAGAACCAAAGAAUAUCAAUGAAGCAUUAAAAGAUGAAUCUUGGAUGGAAGCCAUGAUAGAAGAAUUAUCUCAGUUUGAGAAAAGCCAAGUUUGGAAACUAGUUCCUUACCCUCAAGAUAAAACCAUUAUUGGUACAAGAUGGGUAUUCAGAAAUAAACUUAAUGAAAAUGGAAAAGUAAUCAGAAACAAAGCUAGACUUGUAGCUCAAGGCUACAAUCAACAAGAAGUAACCACUACCAUUGUCCCAUUUGCCGAUAUUGCACCCACGGUUUCUUCCAACACUCAAAAAACCCUCUCCAUGGAACGACCACCAACCAAGCGCCGCACCACCACCGCUCGUCAAAAAUCAACCAUGAAAACCAGUGACUCAUCGCGUCCGAAACCCACCACUCCCACCCGUCGCUCGUCACGACAUGCAACCACAUCUCCUGACUCCACUCAGACUAAACACAAUCCAGAAAAAUCUCAAACCACUAACCUUCCUCCUUCCUCAACCCAGGCCGCAUCUGUUCCUCAAACCACAAAACCAUCCUCGUCACACAUUUCAACUCAAUCAAGCGAAGGAAACUCCCCUGUCUCUUCAUCAUUCCAAGCCUAUGAUCAUCCCUCUGAAGUCUCUACCAAGGAGUUCAUCUCCGAUGAUGAUGUUCGCUCUCUCUACAACGACAAAUGGCGUUCACUCCCUAUUGUUUCCGGCAAAUCCGUUAAUUUGGAUAGCUACUCAAUCUGGGGUUACGACCUAAACGAGCUCGCAACAGCCACAGGUCUUCGAGCAAGAAGCGCCCCGUAUGGUAUGCUUCUUACCAAAAUCUUCAAGCCCUUUAAUGUUCCUCUGGAUGAUGAAGACUCUUUCGAAAUCAACAAAAUACUGGAUGCUUCCAAGCUAAGGCGCAUGAAAAUUCCUUCUCUCAAGCGUGCACCAUCACCUAAACCUGAAACCAAGUCAAAACGCAGACGCCUUGUUAAGCAAUAUGUUCCAACUGAACCAUUACCAACAGGUAUCGAUUCCUCUAACUCUCCAAAUAGCCUAACAACAAAUUGUCCCCUUCCACUAUCUGUGGCUCUUCCAAAUACUGCUGACCUAGAAUCUCCACAAAAGUCAUCACCAGUUUCUCCUCAUAACUCUAAAUCUAUAUCUCCAAACUCAAAGGAAAUAGCUAAACCAUCUCCUGAAACCACACAGUGCAUUGACCUAACUUCUACCUCACCAAUCCUUGUGGAAUCCUCACCACAAACUGUUGUCAUCUCUCAUGCUCCUGUUUCUCUUCAAACUGAAACGCUCUCAAAUGUUGAAAAUCUUUCAACUCUGAAGACCUCUGACACUGACAUGGUAAACAUAUUUGCAUUUGAAAACCUUCUUUCAAGUCCUCCUGCUGCUCCAACUCACCAGCCACACUCACCAUUAUCUCCACAUACUCCUGCUUCCAAUCCAAACCCGGAUGCUCAGUUGUCCUCUCUCAUAUCCAUGCUUGAAGCUGAAUUAUUCACUCCACCUCCUUCAAAUCAAAUCACUUCAAUUAUCCCCCAUGUUGUCACCUACACUUCACCUUCUAUGACAACAAAUCCUGUCACUACCACCUCACCAUUGAAUUCUCCAAAAUCCUAUAAAGAACCUUCUCCUCCAAGAAUUCAACUCACUUCCAUUAAUCACACAGACUCUGAUGAUCUUACUUCUCAGAUAGAAGCCUUCUUCAACAACUCCAUUCAACUACCUGAACAAACUGGUGUUACAAAAACUUAUGCUAUGCCUUCUGUUUCACAAUCUGAUCCUUAUGCCUUCCAAGCAAACUCUCCAAUUUUUUCCUCCCCAAAGGAAGAAGAUGACAACUCUUUCAAUGUUCAAACACUUCUUGCUCCAAGGUAUGACUCAUCACCCCCAAGAAACACCACUCAUAAUUCCAAUACUCUUCCUCAGGAGCCCAUUAUAUCCUUCACAUCCUCAUUCUUUAACAAUUUUCCCAGCAUUGGAAAUCGUCCUCCUACCUAUCCUAGAACUACAAUCUCGUCUGAUCCGAUUAAACCUCAUCAAGACAUUACUCUCAGGUCAAUUGAUGCUCUACAGAAGCAAGGCAUGACUUAUCAAGAAUUCUGGGUUAACUACAUAACUGAACAUGCGUGCCCUCGGGUUCCUGGAAUGCCUGCUCUGGAUCCCUCUCAGAUUCAGUUUCCCAUUUUGCCACUAUCUUCUGAGGCAACAUCUGAUGAUGAACCAUAUGUUCCUUAG